AUGCAGGGUGUCACAAGUCGAGAGACACACUUCCGUGUCGUCAUUACAUCCUCGGCCUUCCAGGGCAAAAUGCAAGUGGCUCGCCACCGCAUGGUCAACACGCUCAUGAAAGACGAACUUGCGCGAGAAGGCGGGAUCCACGCUCUCCAGCUCACCACUCGCACGCCAGAAGAGGAGGAAAGUAGGAGACUGAAAGAGGCGGCCGAGGCCUGA